AGAAGAUAUUACUGAUGAAACUCGGAGAAGCCUUGUACUGGGGAUGUUAUAUCGCUUGCCCACCAUUCUUGAUGCGGCUGGAAGAGGUGACAAUGACACAGGCGAAUCUUUGAUAGAAAUUCUGGAACUUCUUAUUGGAGGUUACAUUCCACCUGGUACAAGCAUAGAGGCUGUGGAAGCAUUACAGGAAAAAUAUGGUGUAGGUGCUUUAAAGGAGGCUAUCUACACAAAAUUGCAAGACGACUGGAAGGUAACAAAGGUUGUGUAUGUUCAGAGCGGUCGGGAGGGGGUAGCAGAGAAUUUGGUGAAUUGUCUUCAAACAGUACUGAGAAAAACCGACCCCAGAACAGCUCAGCCGCUAUAUACCGGUGAGAUUUUUGUCGUAAUUACCAAAUACGACUUGGUUAAGCACAAUAGUUCUUCCGACAUGGAGGAUGAACAUGUUACCUUAGAAGCAUUUGAGAGCGUGGAAAAGAAGGUUGCUGAGGUGUUUAAUAUCCAAGGUGCACUUAAAGACAACAUGAUACGCUGGGUUAGCUACUCCGACAGGGUUGACACCGACAACCCAAAAAUAGACAACACCGCACUUAAGUUCAUUAAACGCAUGGUCAUGCCGAGAAACCGACAGGCUGGGGUCGCGAAACCCGUGAUAACUCGCUUUACCAAAAUGAAGCUCGAGGCAAGGAGAUGGUGGAAAAAUCAAAACUUCACAUUACCAUCAAUACUUUUGAUAAUUAUUGGGCUUCUUUUGGCGAUCAUGAUUUACACGUUUUUAACAGCACCCCUUAGAACUUGACAACAUAUGGACUGGUUAUUAGCAGAUAAUAACGUGUUGUCUAUGAGAGCUUUUGUUAAAAUUCAAACGACCGGCCCUUAUGUAUUUGACUAACUUAAAGAUGUUUAAAUAUUAUGCUACUACAGUACUACUAUCCUGCUGCUUUAUUAAGCUCGAUUCUCCUUUCAAGGGAAAAUACUUUUAAUGAUGUUCCUUACUUUUUCAAAAUUAAAGUCUGUUAGAUGGGUAUAAAUAAAGGGCGGAUUCAAAGAACGUUCCACACACCCUAAAAUCCAUUAAGACAAGUGUGUCAGCGACCUAUAAAUCAAGGGCGAAAUCAAGGAACGUUCCACACACCCUCAAAUUCAUUAAGUAAAGUGUAUCAGUGGGCUAUCAAUCAAGGGCGAAUUCAAGGAACGUUCAACACACCCUAAAAUCCAUUAAAUAAAGUGUGUUAGUAGUCGGCUAUAAAUCAAAGGAGAAUUCAAGGAACGUUCCACACACCCCUAAAAUUCAUUAAGUAAAGUGUAUCAGUGGGCUAUCAAUCAAGGGCGAAUUCAAGGAACGUUCCACACACCUUAAAAUUCAUUAAGUAAAGUGUAUCAGUGGGCUAUCAAUCAAGGGCGAAUUCAAGGAACGUUCCACACACCUUAAAAUUCAUUAAGUAAAGUGUAUCAGUGGGCUAUCAAUCAAGGGCGAAUUCAAGGAACGUUCCACACACCUUAAAAUUCAUUAAGUAAAGUGUAUCAGUGGGCUAUCAAUCAAGGGCGAAUUCAAAGAACGUUCCACACACCUUAAAAUUCAUUAAGUAAAGUGUAUCAGUGGGCUAUCAAUCAAGGGCGAAUUCAAGGAACGUUCCACACACCUUAAAAUUCAUUAAGUAAAGUGUAUCAGUGGGCUAUAAAUCAAGGGCGAAUUCAAGGAACGUUAAUCACACCCUAAAAUCCAUUAAAUAAAGGGUGUCAGUAGGCGGCUAUAAAUCAAGGGCGAAUUCAAGGAACGUUCAACACACAUUAAAAUCCAUUAAGUAGUGUGUCAGAGAGGUAUAAAUCAUGGGCGGUUUCAAGGGACGUUCCACAUACCUAAAUCGAUUUUGUGCGCAUAUUAUAGCUUAAAAAUGACACAUUAUUUUAUUUCAGAUUUAUUUUAGAAUAUGUACAUAUUGAUUUUACACAUGUGUAAUAAGAAUUUUUAAUUGUGAUGAUAUAGGGAAUCAAGUGAGGUACAUGUAAAAUUAAGGUCAACCUUUAAAAUUACUACGUCUGUAAUAUAACUGUAUUGAAUAAUUGAAAGUACAGAUGGGCAAAAGCAAAAAUUCGCUUUGGAUAACACAACUGAUUGAAUAAUCCAGAUUUGGCAGCGAAGCAGUCCCAAGAGAACAAAGAAAAUGUGCCAUCUGUGACCUCAGUAACACUGAAAACAAAAUCCUAUUUAACAUAAAAUGCAAAAUAUACAGAGAUCUAAUGAGGCACACCCGAGUGUUACAAAAUUCAUUGACUUUCUAAACUCAAAAAUUAAAAGCAUACUGAUUUAGCUGUGUUUAUCAUUAAAUCGUUUAAGUUGAGACUGUCUCAAAAUCGUUUGAAUGUACUGUAACAGUAAAUCUUACCUUUAUCUGUAUUAUUAUGUUGGUUCUCGCUUUCUGUGCUUUUUGUUAUGUUUUGAAAUUGUUUGUCUAUGCAUUACGUGUGCCAUUCAGUAAGGAAUUGUUUAAGUAUAUGCAUACCGAAGAAUAUUCCUCCGGCCACUAAUCGAUAGCGGUCAGAUUUUCUAUAUAGAAAUAAGAAGGGCAUGUACACAUUUUACUUAAUAACAAAAUUACUAAAAAUAAGAAACCUUAGGUGCAAAAAUAUUACUAAUGUUCAACAUUUGAUUCAUCACAAGGUUUUUUUAAAUUAAAUUUUAUCUUAAUUUUUGAUUCGUUCUUCACAUGAAGUUUAAUGCCAUCAUUUCGUCAUUUUGUCCCUUCUUUUUUCCAUAUAAAAUGUGCAAAAAUCUCAUACAUGCGUUUCUUCAAAGCAUUUUUUUUUGUAUAAAACCAUUGAUAUGAAAGCUUAGGUGCAAAACAUUUCCUACUCUCAUUGAAUUUAUCUUUUGAAUGAUAUUUAUUCCAUUUUUGUGAAAUAAAAAUUUGAUUCGUU